AUGCCGGCCACAAAGUAUAGUAAGGUGGUAACAAAGAUCAAAACACGGCAAGAGGUUCAGGCCCAGCUAUCAAAGCUAUGGCCGACGGCUCUCGGGGUGGCCUUCGUGCGGUCCUGGCCAAUUCCCACGUUCUACGCCGCGUCGGAUCCAUUGACAAGGCUCAGCCAAAGAAUCACGGUCGUCGGCCGGAACAACAUCGACUACGGGCGGUCGGUCUCCAGCCAGAACUACGACACCAUGUUCCCCACCCUGUCCCCGGAGGAGCGGAACGCCCCCAAGACCUUUGAGCCGGCCGAGUUUGGAUAUUAUGGGAG